AUGAAGCUCUUGGUGCUCCUGGUUUCUAACCUCCUCGUGUUUAGAGUGGGUGAGACGGGGUCGGAUGCUCUGGAGAAGUUGUCCGCGCUGGCUCCGGGAGCUCUCAGCAUGAAGGAGAGCUUCCUGGUGCUCUCCCUGCACAACAAACUGAGGAGCAAAGUACAGCCCCCCGCCGCCAACAUGCAGAAGCUGGAGUGGAGCGAGGAACUGGGGCGGCUAGCCGGGGCGCGGGUGGCCAGCUGCCUGGAGGAAAGGGGCGUGGUUUGGCUGUGUGGGCGGGGCAGGGAGCUGGUGCCAGGUGGGCAGCCGCCUCCAGCUGCCUGCGGCGACAGGGGCAACUGGGAGGUGGCGGGGACGCCUGUCCUGCCCUACAAGCAGGGGCCCUGGUGCUCCCUCUGCACUGCUGGCCUCUCCGGCUGCUUCAAGUCCUGGGACCACGGCGGUGGGCUCUGCGAGGUGCCCAGGAACCCCUGUCGCAUGAGCUGCAGGAACAGCGGGCACCUCGACAUGAGCAGCUGCCAGUGCAUCUGUCCCCCCGCCUACACGGGCAGGUACUGCCAAGUAAGGUGCAGCGGGCAAUGCCUGCAUGGGAAGUUCAGGAAGGAGGAGUGCUCCUGCCUCUGCGACGUGGGCUACGGCGGAGCUGAGUGCGGCACGAAGAUUCGGUUCCCUUUCCACGCCUGCGACGUGAGGAUAGACGAUGACUGCUUCAUGGUGUCCUCUGAGGCCAAUACCUACUAUGGAGCCAAAAUAAAGUGCCAGGAGAAAGGGGCGAUGCUGGCCCAGAUCAGAAACCAGAAGGUCCAGGACAUCCUGUCUUUCUACCUCAGCCGCUUGGAGACUGGUAACAGGGUAACAGACACCGAUUUCGAGACCGGGAACUUCUGGAUAGGUCUCACCUACAAGACAUCCAAGGCUUCCUUCCGCUGGGAUGUGGGCGAGCCAUCCUCCUUCACCAGCUUUGCUUUUGGGCAGCCAGACAACCAGGGGUUCGGGAACUGUGUGGAGAUGCAAGCGUCAGCCGCCUUCAACUGGAAUGACCAGCGCUGCAAGACCCGAAACCGGUACAUCUGCCAGUUUGCCCAGGAGCACAUCUCCCUGUGGCAGCAGGACCCCUGA